AUGCUUCUAACUCCUUCACCCUCUUCAGCUGCUGUGGAUGUGUCGGCGGCGCGGCGGGGCCCGCAGCUCUGCGCCCCGGCCGAGGCCCGCGCCGUGCGCCGCCACCUCGCCGCCCUCCUGGGCCACCUGCGGGACGCCGAGGCCAACAGCGCCGAGCCGGUGACCGCCAGCGAGGUUGUCGCCAGCGGCUGGAACCUGUGCACCGUGGCCGGGGUGCUGCUGGGCUACCCCGCCGUGUACACCUUCGCUGAGGGUGCUGAGAACUGCCUGGCGCUGACCCCGCUGAGGCUGUUCACGGCCCGGGCCUCCUGCCCCCGCAUAAAGGAUGGGCUCAGGGUGCAGAUCUACUCCUUCAGCGUCCCGGAGAGCCUCUGCGCCGAGCUCGGGGACGUGCUGGAUGCCUGGUGCCAGGAGCUCAAGGAGGCUUUCAGUGCUCAGAGCGAUUUUGUAGAUCUCUGCAUUUCCAGCGAGGUCGUGUCUCUUCCAGCGGUUGCCUUGUAA